AUGCCCAGUCACUGCCGGCCCGUCUUCGAGGAGGGCGCGGCGCUGAUUUUCACGCGCUGGACAGCGCUGCAGCUUGGCGUUGCCAACGAGUGGGGCGGUGCCCGCAGCUCGCACAAGGCGCAGGAGCUGCUGGGGGACGUCAUCGGCUGGUUCUACAGCACCAAGGACCACGAGAUGUGCGAUCUGCAAGACCUGCUGGAUGAAGCGCUGCAGCUGGAUUUUAACAUCCAGGCGGAGGACGACAGCCCGUACCAGGUGGCGCGCCUGCUGGUCAACAUGCACAACCAAGUGGCGGCGGGCGACUUCUCCUACGUGCAACAGAUGAGGGUGGCAGCCGCGGCGGCUUCCCAGGUGGCUGCAGCCAGCCAGCGGGCACCCAACGGGUUGUCGGAGGCGGAUGAAGACAGCAGCAGCUCAGAUGACGAAGGCGGGGACAGCCAGGACGGCAGCAGCAGGAAUUCCAUGGAUGCAGAGGGUAGCGAAGACAUGGAUGUGGACGAUAGUGGAGCAGCACCACAGCAGCGGCAGCAACAACAGCAAGGCCCCAUAGUGGACGCGGACGGUUUCCAGGUGGUGAAACGAAAGGGCAAGGGCGGCCAGUGCUGA